AACUAAUUCCCAAACCAAACCUAUUCCGACAUCUCAGAAGCUUGCUGUAGUCAACCGGCGCAUCCUUGAACUGGAAUCUGAAAUCGCCUGGCUCAGCUCAGAAAAUGACCACGUCAAAGCCGCAAACAAUACCCUCAAGUUCGACAUAGAGCUUCUCGAAGAGCAACUUGGGUUUUUUGAGAAUGCUGAAAGGCCUCUCCCCUCUGACGUGCGGCUCAUCACAAAGGAGGCGUUGAACGUGCUGAAAAAUGAGGCGAUAAAGUGUGUUGAAAUGGAGAAGCUGGUGAAGAGCCUGAUUGAUCUCGGUCUGCAAACGGAGGAGCCUGUGUUUCCUCGAGUGUAUCGGGCGGUGUUGGCUGGUGAAUCACACAACGAGGCCGUCGUAGAGGCUAUCCGAGACGCUGCCUCCAAGCCCCCGAGUCCCUGGUCGAGCAUCAUUCCUGCAGUUAUAGGCCCGCACACCAAUGAUCAGUAUAUCUCUGCCCUUAACAUGACGCUCCAAUGUCGACGGGAGAACCGCGAGCUCCAGGCAGUCAAGAAGUUCUGGAAGGGCGUGGCGAAGGAGGAUGAAGCCAAUGCGGACCUCGUUACCCCCUCUGCGCCGACGCUUUCUGCUGUCCAGGUGGCGCUUAGCAAGGAACGCCAGUAUGCUGUAGAUAAUCUCCUCACCAAGUUACGGGAUGGUACUAUUCCCGUUCGCAAUCAGGUCCUGCGCCAGGCGGGGGUGCAGUCAGAGCGAACUACGUCAAAUGUUACUGCGAACGAAUCUGGCGUGGCCACUGGUCUACUGUUCUUGCAUUCUGAGCCUUCGUCGUCCUUGGAUAACUCUGUCUCUCAGUCUUCUUCGUCUGGUCCUAUUUUGGCUCCUCUGGCGAGCCAGAAGUUCAAAGAAGGGCUCAUUGCUUCUCACUUGUUGGAAAUCCUGGGUGUUGCGCAGGGUAGACUCCAGGCUGGUAAGGCCAGAUAGAAUGAACUUUGUUCUUCUACAGCUCCUACAGAGCUUGUAUUUAUACUCUCCAGGCUUAUAUCUAGAAUUUACUACAACUUUCUC